CAAACUACCGGAUGAAGCAUGGUGGGGUUUUGCGCAGGCCCAGUGGCUCUACACGUUGUUUUGAAAACGGAAUAGAAGCAUGUGUUUAUAUUCUAAUAUAGUAGCGUUAUAGCCAGUCUAUAUAACUAGUUUUGUUUGUUUUACCCCCAUAGACAUUAGGCGAUUUUCUUCGCUAACUGUCAUUUCACCAACACGACAACACGUACCUAGAAAAAGGACAAGUUUGAAGGAAGUUACCUGGCUAAGCUAACAUUAGCAGCAUGGCAGCUGUACUGGAGCUGAUCGCUGGGAGCUACGAGCAGAUAGUCUUUGGUUACAGAGUGAAAACUGAUGAAAAAGAGUGGACAUCAAAAGCAAACUUCACACAUCACGCCCAUACUGCCUCCAUAUCAGCUGUUGCAACCAGUGAGAGGUUCGUUGUCACAGGAAGUAAAGAUGAAACCAUUCAGCUGUAUGACAUGAAGAAGAGGACAGAGCACGGCUCCCUGCUGCAUCAUGAUGGCACCAUCUCCUGCCUUGAGUUUUAUGGAUCAUCUCACCUGCUGAGUGGAGGAGAAGAUGGACUCCUGUGUGUGUGGAGCACCAAGAAGUGGGAGUGUCUGAAGUCCAUCAAAGCUCACCAAGGUCAUGUCACGUCGCUGUCCGUCCACCCGUCUGGAAAACUUGCUCUUUCAGUAGGAACGGAUAAAACUCUGAGAACGUGGAAUCUAAUCAACGGAAGGUCGGCAUUCAUCAAAAACAUUAAACAGAACGCUCUCAUCGUUCGAUGGUCCCCUGAUGGUGAUAAAUACGUGGUGGUGGUCGACGACAAAGUGGACAUUUACGACCUGAAGACGGCGUCUGUGACAGGAACUCUCACAAACCCCAAAAGAAUCUCAUCCAUUAAGUUCUUAAAUAACUCCCUCCUGGCCGUGGCAGGAGACGAUGACACUGUGAGGUUUUACGACAUGGAGAAAGAGAAGUGGGUGUGUGAGUUCAAGGCUCAUGAAACCAGAGUUAAGGCCAUUGACAGUUUCAACAUGGAGGAUUACUGCGUGCUGGUGACGGCUUCAAAUGACGGAUUCAUCAAAAUGUGGAAAGUCCAUCUUAAAGAGGAUCUCGAACCUCCAACCCUCCUGGGGGAAGUGAACACGACAGCCAGACUGACGUGUCUGGCAGUUUGGAAACCUACAUCAGUGCAGCAGGUGGCCGAGGAGCCAGAAGCCGAGGCCACGACGUCGCAAGAACUCGCAAAGGAACUUUUGAAGCCCAAGAGAGUUCGGAUUGCAAUGGAAGAAGUCAUUCUAGAAGAUGAGAGCAAACCCAAGAAGAAGAAGAAGAAGAAAGGUGGAAAAAAAUAAACACCAAUAAAAGUAUUUUAAUAUCUUUCCCUCUCGUUAUCUGUUUUAUCUGACCUUUUUGGGUCAAAUAUGCCGUUUUCAAGUGUUAGCCACUAGGCGGAGACAUAUCACAAUUUGACAAACUUUUAUUUUUAAAAACACUUUAUAACGUUCAGUACAUUAUAUUGUUGUCAUUACAGAAAAGACGGUGUGUCAUAAUUGAGAAAUAAAAAUGCUUUAUUUUUAUCCUAGGUA